AUGAUGAAAGGAUUCAAGAAUAGAUUAACUCGAAACAAGAGUCAAUCUACAAACAAAAAAGGGGACAAGAAAGACAAGGACAAGAGUGAAAAGAGGUCCUCGUCUCCAUCAUCAUCAUCUUCUACAUCGAAUACAGCAGCAUCACUGCAGAGCUCCAAGAACCUAAUGACAAACUCAGCAACCUCGCUAAAGUCAAACUCUCCCAGUCCUUCUAGAAACAAUAGCUCAAACAGUGCGGUGUCGAUCAAGUCAACCAAUAGCAAUACAACUAUGACGUCAGCCACCUCACCCCAGGGUCUGCCAACUACAGAAUCGCCAAGGAUUGUUGUUAAUGAUGAUAAUUCAAAUGCUGUUUUUGGCUCACCAUCACAACAAUCGUCAAAUAGUUCGGGUGUGUUUCCAAGCACUGUAUCAUUAGCUUCUGGACCAACAUCAGCAGCUAAUAUGUCAGCAGCAAACACAGGAAUCACUCCCACUACGAUGCCUUCGAUAGUUACGCCGAAUCAAGGUGCUGGCAAUGUAUCUUUUAACUCGAAUUCGCAACCCAUAACACCCACACCCACUUCACCAAAAAGUCCAUCUUUUGAAUCUAGAGCCCACCACAGUCAACAAGGUGCACAAUCACAUUAUCAGUUGAAUCCAAAUAUAUCAUCACCUGGUAGGGACUCGUUUGAUAUUGAUUUGAUAUCGGCACCAAAAAGACAUUCGUCAUCCAGAUUUGAGCCAACGACAUCCGAAAGAUACCAAGAAAUCAACAAACUACCAAAUUUUGACGAGGUAUUGCCAGAGGAUCAAAUUAAUUUAUUUAUUCAAAAGAUUGAUCAGUGUAACAUCAUGUUUGAUUUCAGCGACCCCACUUUUGAUAUUAGAGGUAAGGAGAUUAAACGGAUGACAUUGCAAGAAUUGAUUGCUUUUAUAUCAAACAAUCGAUUUUCCUAUACUGAUGAAAUGUACAAGCAUGUUGUCAAUAUGUUUAAAAAGAACUUGUUUCGUCCUAUUCCGCCCCCAGUCAAUCCAAUUGGCGAUGUAUACGACCCGGAUGAAGAUGAGCCAGUCAGUGAAUUAGCAUGGCCACACAUGCAAGCAAUCUAUGAGUUUUUUUUGAGAUUCAUUGAGCUGCCUGAUUUUCAACACCAAAUUGCCAAGCAGUAUAUUGACCAUGAUUUUAUUUUGAGAAUACUAGAGUUGUUUGAUUCAGAAGACCCAAGGGAGAGAGACUGUUUAAAGACUACAUUGCAUAGAAUUUACGGAAAGUUUUUAAGUUUGAGAAGCUUUAUUAGAAAGUCAAUCAACAAUGUGUUUUUGCAGUUUAUUUAUGAAACAGAGAGAUUUAACGGUGUUGGUGAAUUGUUGGAGAUUAUGGGCUCAAUCAUUAAUGGAUUUGCACUUCCAUUAAAAGAGGAGCACAAGAUUUUUUUGGUACGGGUUUUAAUUCCUUUGCAUAAAGUGAAAUGUUUGUCAUUGUACCACCCGCAGUUGGCGUACUGUAUUGUCCAAUUCUUGGAAAAGGAUCCCACGUUGACUGAAGAUGUGAUUAUGGGGUUGUUAAGAUUUUGGCCCAAGAUCAACAGUCCAAAGGAAGUUAUGUUUUUAAACGAGAUUGAAGAUAUUUUCGAAGUUAUGGAACCUAAUGAGUUUAUCAAAAUCCAGAUCCCCUUAUUUGCUCAGUUGUCGAAAUGUAUAAGUUCAUCACAUUAUCAGGUUAGUGAAAAAGUUUUGUGUUAUUGGUCAAAUGAAUAUUUUCUAACGUUAAUAACGGAAAAUGCCGAAGUCGUGUUGCCGAUCAUUUUUGCAUCUUUGUAUGAGUUGACAAAUGCAACACAACCUGGUAUUGAGAAUGGCAUCAUGCAACAAAAAUUGGCCAAUUUUCCCGAUGCAACAGUGGAUGCCAAUGGCAACUUGAUUGAUGCAGGGCUAGUUUUGCAAGAUUUGCAGCAAGGUAUUAUACCAAGUGCGAAUGAUCCAACUCACCCGCACCAUAAAAUAUUCCAGGUCCAUGCGUCGGUGAAUAAUAAUGGACAAAAUGGGGAAAACGACUUGUCAAUGUCCAUGAAUGGCGAGGGGAACCAUCAGCAACGUCAUCCUCACACAGACCUUAAUGGAAAUGAGCUCUCAGAUGAAGAAUACUAUGAUCUGUUUAGCUCAAUGCAAGCAGGAAACGCAGGAGGAUCAAACUCUACCAAUCAAUUAAGUGAUGAAUUCAAUCCUGGAUUCGAUGAAGAGACUAGUAUGUUACUGCAUAAUUCAGCUACAUCAACUUGGAAUAGAAAUAUCCAUUCACUUUCAUAUGGAGCAUUAAAAGUAUUUAUGGAUCACAACCCAGUAUUGUAUGAUCACUGCACUAUGUUAUAUCAUCAAUCCUUGAGUGAACAAAAGAGUCGCGAAGCUGCACGAAAAGAAGGUUGGGAAAAGAUUGAAAAAUACGUUAAGCAGCUCAAAGCUCAACAACAACCAUCGCUGGAGCGUAGUGGAGUAUUUUGA